ACGGACUUCAUCAUCGCGGUUCUGCAAUUCUAGGGGCUUGGGACUGCUUGAAGCAAAACACCAGACUGUCUGCCUGGCGGAGCUUUGCUGACGAAUGUUCAUUCUCUCGUAAAUCUUUGCUUUAGACACAUCAUAGGAAUGCAAAGCUCAGCUUGCGGCAUGCUCGCAAGUAGGAUCGCGUCGCACGCGCUUGCUGCGACGUCAGGAAGCGGGCGGGGCUGGUUCGGGGCAGCGGCGCAGCAGUGGCGCGCGGUGUCCGCUUCGGCAGGGGCAGCCACGGACGGAGCGCAGGAGGCUGCGCCGGCCGCAGCGGCGGCAGUUCCAACACUGACCGCUGCUCAGCGCGCCAAGCUGCCGGCACUGCUGGCAUUGGCCCGGCGCCCCACCGCCACCGCCCGGCGGCUGGGCUCCCUCACCGCGCUGUCCGCCACCUACCGCGACAUGUCCCUCACCCUGUCCGCCCUGGCGGCGCAGCAGGCGGGUCUGGACCCACUGGCACCCGCGGACGCCAUCGACCAGCAGUGGGCGCAGCAGCAGCAGCAGCAGCAGCAGACACAGGCGGCCGCCCAGGCGCAGGCCUCGGAAGGCAGCGCAGCAGCCACCACCACCGCCUCGGACCAGGGCCAGGCCGGGGCAGGGUCCUCAGCGGCCGCCUCGGGGUCUGAGGAGGUGGGUGUGCUGGGCGCCCACCUGCCGCUGCUGGACGUGACGGACAGCGCGGUCAGCGGCGGCGACGGCUUUGCAGUGGACGGCAUCCGGCCCGCCCCCCAGGAGCCGCUGCUCAACCCGGCCUACAUGGACAAGGUGAGCGCCUGGGCCGCCCUGGCGCCGCCGCACCUGGAGUCCAGCACGGCGCUGCAGACCGCCGUCAACCUGUGGCCGCCCAGCGAGGCCACAUACCCCACCUACGUGGACUUCGACGCGGCGCUGCGGCUGCUGGGGCACCACACCAGCCGCAAGCGGCUGCGGCUGGGCAGGCGGCUGCUGCGCAAGCAGGACAGGUACCAGCUCAAGACGUGGGAGCACCACUCGGGCGAGGCGUGAGGGGGCGAGGAGGGGGCGGGCAGAGAGGGGCAGGAGGAGCGGGCAGGAGGUGUGUGGGGGAUAGCUGUUCAUGUGAAGAACGGGGGCCCAGGAGGCGGACAUGCGGGGAUUGUGAGGACGCGUUGGGUUGAGCGGGUGAGGGGUGGCUGCGUGAAGCACAAGGGCGCGGAUGGACGUGGAUUGUGGUUGUGGUUGUGGUGUGUGUGUGUGUGUGUGUGUGUGUGUGUGUGUGUGUGUGUGUGUGUGUGUGUGUGUGUGUGUGUGUGUGUGUGUGCGUGUGCGUGUGCGUAGGCCGCAGGGAAGGAGUUCGUGGUGGGAGUGGCGCUGGCGGGAUGCUGGGCAGGCUCUGGGUGCGGCGUGCGGCGCGCGGGGCCACUACGGUACCUCCACUUGACAAGCAUGUAAGCAACCGGCCGUUCUGAGCUGCGACCGUGAUGUUUCUCCUGGGUCUUCAUUGCGCCAUAGCCUCGAUGAUGUUCGCACGAGUAGCCCGUCGCCUUCUCACUUCGGGUGGCGUUGUGGCCGUGUGGGUGGGGGCUACGAGAGUGAUACCGAAAGCAGCUCGACGGGGUCUCUAAAUGUCAGGUCGACGUGGGUGGGGGCCGUGUCAUCGUGUGGGUGUGUGGCUGUGUGGGAGAGGGUGCAAAACGGGUAUACAAUGGUGGGAGCAAGUGUCGUGAUGCGGCUGGAGGAAGCUCCAAACGCAAUGCACAUUGAUAUCUUGAAAAGCAUCGUCAAUA